AUGAAUUAUAAACCAAGUUAUAACCUAAGAGGUUCAAAAUCAGAUCCAACACAUCAUAUAAGAUCAAAAAUAGCACCUAGAUCAAGUUUACAAUUUAAAAUUGGACCACCAUUUGAACAAACAAUUGAAAUUUCACCAAUUUAUAUAAAAUCUACAAAUAAACAAGUACAUCCAAUUAUUAGUGCAAGAAUAGAUAGAGGAUUUGAUUUAAUUAAUGAUCAAUGGGUAGGUUAUAAACGUAACUAUUUUUCGGUUGUUGCAUGUUUUAAAUUUGAAAGAUAUAGUUUGAAUACAAUUUUACAAAAUAAUCAAUUUUAUAUAAUUACUUCCAAUGAGAACAAACAUGAUAUUAAAAAGUUUCAUAUUAGACUAAUUAGUAAAUGUAUUAAUGAUGAUUCCAAAGUUAAUAUUGUUCAACAUACAGCAAAAAGAGAUAAAGGUCCAAUUGUGUCACCACCAGUCAUGCCAGUAAUUAAUGGAAUUUUACCAAGUCAUGUAGAAAUUAGAGAUUGUACAAAUAUAAGAAAAAAUACAAAAGUACAAGAGUUUGAGCAAUUAUUUACUUUGAAAUAUGAUAGUUUAAGUUUAAGUCAGGAUUCAAUUCUUCAAAAUUAUUCAAUUAAUUGUAAUUUUAUUAAAGUUGCAAAAUAUGAAAGAUUACAAUUUGCAGCAAAUAAUCCAAGGGAAACAGAUGAAAACUUGACAAAUAAAAGACAAGCAAUUAAUGAAAAGAAAAGAUUUAUACUACAAGUUCAAUUAUUAGCUGAAUUGGAAGUAAAAGGUACUUAUGCAAUUAUUGCAAUUUCAAAUACACCACCAUUGACAAUUAGAGGAAAAUCACCAAGUUCAUAUCAACUACUUGCUAAUUUAAAAGCUGAAGCAAACAAAUCAAAAUUGAUCACUAGUACUCCAAUUCAACCAUUUGCAAGAUUAAUUAAAAACAAUCCAGGUAAUUAUGAUAAUCUAAAUUUUAAAUUUAAACAACCUGAAUCAAUAAAUGAUACCAUUAGUUGGAAAGAAAAUGAAGAAAUAACGGAAUAUAUAAAAUCAGUAACAGGAAAUGCACCUGAGGGAUAUGAUUUACUAGAAUAUCAAAAUGGAUUUCAAAAAGAAGGAAGUUCAAAGAGUUCAAAUAGUGAAUUAAUGGAGUAUAAGGAACCUUCAAUAUGUACUGAAAUGUUGGAUCCAAAAUAUCAUUUAGAUAAACAAAUGAAUACGAAAAAUAUGAUUAGACUUAACUCAAAAAGUUUUGCAAGUAGUUUUUUACAAGUUGAAAAAAGCAAUAAAGACAAUAAUAAGGACACUAACGGUAGAUCAAUUGAUUGUAUAGCUCCUUCAUUAAUAAUGAAGGAUUAA